ACGGCGGCUGUUCCCUCCCUUUCCGAGUCUUGGACCUCCCGCCCUCGUCUUUCCCACGAACGCCAUCCGCCGGAGAUGGUGACACUGACCACUCUGCUCUAACAGGCCGGAUCCAAAUGGAGCUCCUCCUCAUCUGGAACGGCUGUCCUAUUACCUCUAUUUGUGGCCUUCCUCACCGAAAACUUGCUCUCGCCGGAGACUCCCUCUUCUCGAGACGAAUUCGCCGGAAAGGUUCCACUCUUGGCUCUGCCUUUCCUUCGAUUCCGACCCAACCAGUCAGCCGCUAUAGGAGGAAAAGCAUCUUCGCUAGCGAACAAUCAGCAGCGAGCGUUGAGGGAUUAGGGAAAGACGGAGAUGCUGUCCUCGUCGAAGUUGUUGGGAUCGGAAGCAGGAAGGACGCUCUUCUUGAUUUCUGUUUGGAGUCUCCGUUCUUUGAUUCGACUUCCGUGAGAUUCUGGACCAUGCAUAUGGAGUCAGGGAAGGUGGAGUUACAUCAGAAAAGUAUUGGAAAAGUUUGUGAUUUUUUUUCACUAGGUUUGGUGCAAGUCAGUGGUGAACAUCUUCUAUCAACCAGAAUAAGCUCCAGAGCUCUCAUUCUUGUAGCUAGUUCUGGAUAUGGUUCAGAUAUUCAUUCUAUGAUUUCACUUCUUAACUCAAUAAAGUCACUUAAUUUCAUAGUGAUGGGUAUCAUUUUGAAACCAUUCAGCUUUGAAGGGAAAAGACGUCAGUCUGAGGUAGAAGAUUUGGUCGAAAAGCUUCGUGACCACACAAAUCUUUGUGUUGUGGUUGAAACUGAUGCUCUACUUAAACGAGAAGCAGUUACACUUGCAGAGGCCAUGGUCAGUGCAAAUAAUGCUAUACUGAUGGCUAUCAUGACUACUUCUAUUAUCUUUAUGGAUAGUAAGCCAAAGUUUCUUCUUUCAUCACAAGAUAGUUUCAGAGAGCUCAAAUAUCCGGAACUCCUGGAUCUCUUGGAAGUCUAUGGAGAAGCAAAAGUUGGUUAUGGAGCUGGUUAUGACAUCAAAACAACAAUUGAACGUGCCAUCCUGGAAUGUGAUUUUCUUAAAGACGGAGUUAUCCAGGAGCUGGAUGGGAUAAUCAUCUGCACUAUUGCAAGUGCUGCACAUUUGGGCAAAAAUGAUAUGCAUGCUUUUAUGAAAAUCUUCCGCCAGACAUCCCGAUGCUCAACAGAAAUCCUAUUUUCCUAUAUCCUUGAAUCUAAUCUGGAUCCUGGACUUCUUCUAACAACUAUUAUCAUUCCCAAUUCUGUGAAGCAGGAGCCGCCAAAAGAGAGUUUCUGGUCCAAUUUGGCUCACCACAUUCCCUUCCUCUUCCCUUUUCUUGGAAAAACAACUCCUCUGCAGCCUGGAGACUAUCCAUCAGCUCAGAUAAUUGAAAAAACAAGUCCUUCAGAAGAGGUCUCUGGUCCAGCAAAUGGGAUGACAGAUUUGCAAAGAUUGAAGUAUGAGAGUUCUAUGAAUGUCUGUGGUGAAUAUAACAUCUCCUACUGUGAUGAACCUUCCAUGGAAGAAAAUUCUGAUGAAAUAUUUCCUUUAAGUAAAUCAGACGAUCCAAAAGCUGAAAGUAGGAUCAGUUAUUCACAGUCUGAUAUCGAUCAUCAUCACAUUGAUUGUCAUCUAGAAGGACAACCAGAUGCUCAGGUAUGGGACAAGAAAUGUCAAACCACUCGUAAAGAUGGUCCUUUUGUUGAUCAUGUGACCACCUACUCUCUUCCAGUUGGUGUAAAGCAGUUUAAAAAGUCUUUUGAUGAUACUCAGCUUUAUCACCCUUCCAUGGAGCAUAAAACAUCAUACCCCAUGGGAGAGGAACUUUUACAAUCUCGUAGCAAGAGAUCUUGGGAUGCAUUAGCUGAUGCAGGGAUUCAGGCUGUAGUGGAAGCUUACAACUCAGCGUCAUCCCUUUUAAAUAAUAAAUAUGACAAUGGUUCUGGGAAGCAAGGUUCUCUCUCUUUACGUGCAUCUUAUAUGCUGGAAGCAGAAAGAGAUUCAAAGAAAAAAUGGUCUCCUACUAUGGAGAUGAAAUAUAGAGGAGGAAUAUACAAAGGACGCUGUAAAGGAGGUUUUCCUGAAGGAAAGGGUCGAUUAAUGUAUGCUGAUGGUAGUUUUUAUGAUGGUUUGUGGCAUCAUGGUAAGAAAUCAGGCUUGGGCUCAUUUUACUAUAUAAAUGGUGAUGUAUUUCAAGGCUCAUGGAGGGAUGAUCUCAUGCAUGGUAAGGGUUGGUUUUACUUUCAUACUGGAGAUAGAUGGUUUGCAAACUUUUGGAAGGGCAAAGCAAAUGGUGAAGGACGAUUCUAUUCAAAAGAUGGAAGUAUCUAUUUUUGUAAUUUUGAAGAUGGCUGGAGGCAUGGACAGAGCAUUCACAUCGAUGUUGAUGGAACAAGGUGGAUGGAGAUCUGGGAUGCAGGUGUCCUUGUGAGCAGGGAGCUGUUGGACUCGGCGACAAGUUAGAGUUCCCGAUUCUCAAAAACGUCGAAGUUCAUGUAAGACUCCACCAUGUAGAUGAUUGCAAUAGAGAAGUUUCGGUUGGCGCCGAUCAUAGGUGAAUCACUGGAAGUACGUGGAGUUACACGUAGCAAACGUGUAACGUGACUAGCUUGAUAUAAGAGUUGCGGUUUCAUUAAUGACCGAGUAAUCUCGAGUCAGGGCAUUCACAGUUCGGCUAUUAAAGGCAUCUAUAUUUCUACAUAGCCUGUAAAAUUUUGCUGUAAUCAGUCUGUAUUAUAUGAAGGCGUUGGGUAACCUCUCUCGUUCGCACACAUCGUUUUGGAGGCUUUCCUUAUUAAAGCCAUCUCUCUGUAACGACCGUCUAAGCAUAUUAUCACUCACGAUUGAGGUUUA